AUGCAGAGUUUUGCGCGGCUUCGGAGUGACGGGGCACUCUCCAUCGACCUUGAGAAAAUGGCGGACGCUUCCCCAAUCUCUGAAACCACAGAACGUGAGCAGCAGCGGCAGCUGCAGCAAUACGGCAAAAUUGCUACUGCCCCAGCUGCUGCCGCCGCCGCUGCUGCUACUGCUGAUUGCGACUUUUCCUCGGAGCUGCGUGGCAUUUGUAGGCGGCAGGGGGAUUUUCCGUUCUUUGGCGCCGCCGACUCCGUCUCGCCGUACCCACGUCGUCCAUCCUCAGUUGUGACAGCGGAGGAUUUUGACGCACAGGAGCACGUGACGCAGGAGGAGGGAAGGCGCCUACCGCAGGAGUCCACAAGUCAGGAGGUGGUUGAUGCAAGCCCGCGGCACGUGACGUUCGUAUCAUCGGCCGGGAACUUGAAGGAGGGAAGUCCACAGCCGCAACGCAGCAACGACGACGACGACGGCGAUCACCAACGGGUGCAGCAUGACACACUGGACCGACCAUGCAGGGCCAAUGGGGGGGAAAACCGAAUGCAGGAGGAACAAGAGAUGAUGAUAUCACCGAGGGGGCGGCGAAAUGCGGGUAAACCCACCCGACUUUCACAGGAUGAGAGGAAAGAGUUGUUUGAACGACUUGCCAUGCCCGUACGAAAAAGUGAGGAGAAAAAAGGUGAGACCUAUCUCGCCCGUGAUGAAAUGAAAAAAAGGGAAAAAGAUAAAGAAGGAGAAGGACUGCAGCGAUGUGUCUUUCAGUGGCCUGUACCAUCUAUACCUACUCUGACGCUGGUAGACUUGGAGCGCCACAACAAACUGGCGAAUUAUAUGCGCUCAUAA